AUUAAUGUUUUCAGACUGCGGAGCCGUUGUUAAUGGCGAAGUCGCUGGCGAGGGUGUCAUAGCGACCCCAGGAUACCCCGAGCAGUAUGCUAAUGGCCUGUACUGUGUGUGGACCAUAUUGGCAGGGAAAGGAAAGCGAGUGCGCUUGAACUUCGAGGAUUUCGAGGUGACCCGAACACCCGGAUGCAGUGGGGACUACCUCUUCGUCUCACGCACUGGUCUCUCAAAUGACACGAGCGUCAGACACAUGUGCGGCACCGACACCCCGGGAGAAUUCGUGAGUGAAAAGGACGUCCUGUAUGUGGAAUUCCGAUCCUCUCCUGACGGCGACACCUGCAGGGGGUUCUCCGCCAGGUAUACGCUCGAGGAAGUCGUGGUGACCUGCGGGGACACUGUAUCCUUCCUGGAGUUCGACUUCGAGAACCCCGAGUAUCCUGCCCCGACGAGGAACCUGAGCAGCCACUGCGAGCUGACCAUCUCUCAUGACUGCGAGAUCCCCAUCUGCCAAGUCAGACUGGAUUUCCACGAGCUGGAGCUUCAGCCCCCUGAGUACGGCAACUGCGACUCGGACCAGUUCAUGGUGCGUGCGAAUGAGCCUGUGCCAAUCCUCUGCGGAAGCAACAAUGGCCAGCACUUAUACGUGGACGUGGCUGGCCGGGCGAGCACCAGCCUCCACGUCCUCACCAGCGAAAUCUUCCCGAAGCCCGUGGGACACAUGGACGACCCCGUGACAGGCAAUAUCAUACCGCGCGAGUGGCGUUAUGAAGUCGAGGACAACCGGCGCUGGAAGGUCCGGGUCAACCAGAUCCCCUGCGACUGCGCCUACGACCACCUGAAGACGUCCACGCCGAGGGCACCAACAGGCUGCCUCCAGUACCACGUAGGCAUCAGGGAAACCGUCAAAAGCUUCAACUUCGAGGGCACGAAGCUGGACUACAACCCCUGCUGGAACGGCACCGAGCUCGACUGCGGCAGAAGGGUUUGGACAGGUCACCUCAACAACCUGGACUACCACGUGUGCGUCAAGGGGGCGGAGGGCUACUGCGGCAUCAUGUACUCGCCGACGGGACCCGAGUCCUUCUUCCUGACGGGGCAGACCAGCUUCAACUACUCGGGGGAGACGGCCAACCUGUUCGGGACGAAGGACUGCCAGGCGGACUACAUCGUGGUGGCCAAGAGUCGCACCCCGGGAGACAACGACCCCUGGAGCCACGACCGGUUCUGUGGACAGGACAUUGGGAACUACGUCAAGGGCCCCAUCGUCAGUUAUUCGACGCCGUUCUACAUGCAGGUGAAGACGGACGCCGACGAGUUCUCCCGCAGCGUCGACAUCGAGAACCGCGGCUUCGAGCUCGAGUACACGCAGCUGCCGUGCUCGGGGCCGUACCUCUUCAACACCGACCAGAAGUACCGCGGCUGAGGUGCCUGCGGGUCCCUGCGGGCGGGUCCCUGCGGGCGGACGGCGGCGCCCUCGGGAGCUCUGGCGUGCCGCGGUAGCGACCUUUUCGAUUAAAUUGUGAUGGACG